AAAACCAUUGGCUGGGAGGAGGGGCUGAAUGUAACCAGGUCUACGUCAUUUCCGGUUGCCGAGUUACCAAGGAAACCAGAGGAUCUUGGGCCAGUCCCGUUUGGCAGACGAAGAAAGUGGUGGUGUCUCCGUCUAAUCGGGACUUGAAAAUGCCCAGGAAACAUGAAACAGAAUCUAUGAAGGAGGAUAAAGCUGCCAGAGUCAUUCAGAAGGCCUGGAAACGCUUUCUUAAUAUUGCUGUGUUUGAGCACUUUAAAAGCCUGAUUAAUUUAAGAAGACAAGGGGAGCCACGUCAGGUAGUCAAGUACAUCAAUCCUAAGGAGGCAGAACUCCUAGACGCUGCAGCUGGAAUUCAUGUACGAUUCAGAUUAGGUGGAGCUAAAUUUCCACCUGAUAUAUACUAUAAAAUUUUUACUCACAGACAUGUUGAAGAUCUUUGUGCCAAUAGUCCUAGAGAUUACAUAAAACUUUCAGCAAAAUAUACAUCUCAUAAUAAAAGUGACCACCUUCAGGAAGAAGAUCAGAGUGGCUGGUACCGUCGGAUAGAAAACAAUGGCUGGAGAAUUGUUUCUGAUAAAUUUUGGAUACCUACUGAAAGUGAAAUCAUGGAAGAAAAAAAGGAAAGUGAGUUCCACUUCUCUAAACUGAAGAGAAGGCAAGAUUUGGAAAAGAAAAGAAAAAUUAGAAAAAUAGAAUGGAUGAGGCAAAUGUACUAUGCUGGAACUCUGAAAGCUAAGGCCACACAUGAUGAGACUCUAGAUUUAAUUCACACAGCAACAAAAGGACUAAUAAGAACUAUUGAAGAUGGUGGAAUAGAGUCUGUGAUGGAGUGGGAAGUGGAUGAAGUGCUGAACUGGACAAACACACUGAACUUUGAUGAGUAUAUUGCCAACUGGAAGGAAAUUGCCACAAGCAACUCUUCAGUUAACUUUCAAGGUUUCAGGUUUGAGGAAGCACAGAAAGAUACAUAUGACCUUGAAGAUCUAUCAGAGCCACAAAUGGAAGUACCUUAUGAUCAUUUCUAUGAAAAUAUUUACAAACAACCAAAUUUUAGCAGAGUAACACCGGAUUCCACAUAUGGAAUAUAAAUAUUCUUUCCUAGUUAUAGCCAUCCAAACCCUGAACCCAUCAAUUACAGCCAGGAGACAGUUAUUGUGACUGGAAUGACCUGCGUAUUUAUGUGUGUAUGUAUACAUGUACACACAUACACUUGGUCCAGAUCCUAGCCUAAUAAAUAAAAUAGAACAGAAACAGAACAUUGGACUGAGUACAAUGGUCAAGUGAGAUAUGGAAAUUAUUCCUGGUAUUCCUUAGAAAUUGUAGUAUCCUAACAUUUAUACUGAAAUAAAGAUACACUAUUUAGGUACAAAAAAAUCUCAUUUGCUGAUUUUUCCCUCUUUAUUCUGUGCAAGGCAGAGCAUCCUGGGCAUUUAUCCCACGUCCAGAGAGCACUAAUUCUUCCCUCUCCCACGCUUCCUAAUCCCUCAUUUCUCCACUAUGCUUUUAUACUUUCUUCCUCUUGAUUUGUGCCUACUCACUCAUCCUAAUUGUCUUUACCUUUCUUAAUUCAUCUGUCACUCUUACUACCUAUUUUAUGUAACACCUGUAUCUUUGUUCUUUUAUGAUUUUUAUCUUUCUUGCUUACAUGCUUUCAUCAUUG